AUGCGGCCAUGGACUGGUUCCUGGCGUUGGAUUAUGCUCAUCCUCUUUGCUUGGGGAACUUUACUCUUUUAUAUUGGUGGGCACCUGGUACGAGACAGCGAGCACCCAGAUCACUCCAGUCGGGAAUUAUCCAAGAUCCUUGCUAAACUUGAACGGUUAAAGCAGCAAAAUGAAGACUUAAGGCGCAUGGCAGAAUCUCUCAGGAUACCAGAUGGUCCCGUUGAUCAGGGACCAGCUGCAGGAAAGGUACAUGCUUUAGAGGAGCAACUUCUAAAGGCCAAAGAACAGAUAGAAAACUAUAAGAAGCGGAGAGGAGAUGGCCUUGGAAAAGACCAUGAAAUACUGAGAAGGAGGAUUGAAAACGGGGCUAAGGAACUUUGGUUUUUCCUCCAGAGUGAACUGAAGAAGUUGAAGAAUCUAGAAGGAAGUGAACUGCAGACACGCAUUGAUGAAUUUCUGUCUGAUUUGGGUCAUCAGGAAAGGAUUGGAAUGACAGUUUGUGUCUCAUCAGUAAACAAUUAUACAAAAAUACUUGAAUUAACUAAAUAUACCACCCUAAAAUUGUUUUCCAUUGUUGUUUAUAGGUCAAUAAUGACCGACUUGUACUACCUCAGUCAAACAGAUGGAGCUGGAGAUUGGCGAGAAAAAGAGGCCAAAGAUCUAACAGAUUUGGUACAGAGAAGAAUAACUUAUUUACAGAACCCGAAGGAUUGCAGCAAAGCUAAGAAGCUGGUGUGUAACAUCAACAAGGGCUGUGGCUAUGGCUGCCAGCUCCACCACGUGGUGUACUGCUUCAUGAUCGCGUACGGCACGCAGCGCACGCUCAUCCUGGAGUCGCAGAACUGGCGCUACGCCACCGGCGGCUGGGAGACCGUGUUCCGACCCGUCAGCGACACCUGCACCGACCGAGCGGGCUCCACCACCGGCCACUGGUCAGGUGAGGCUAAUGAUAAGGAUGUUCAGGUGGUGGAACUUCCCAUUGUGGACAGCCUACACCCACGGCCACCCUAUUUGCCCUUGGCUGUCCCUGAAGACCUGGCUGAUAGACUAAUUCGUGUGCAUGGGGAUCCUGCAGUGUGGUGGGUCUCACAGUUUGUGAAAUACUUGAUUCGUCCACAGCCUUGGCUAGAAAAAGAAAUAGAGGAAGCCACAAGGAAACUUGGUUUCAAACAUCCAGUGAUCGGUGUUCAUGUCCGAAGGACAGACAAAGUGGGGACAGAGGCAGCAUUUCACCCCAUUGAAGAGUACAUGGUACACGUGGAAGAGCGCUUUGAGCUUCUUGCUCGCAGGAUGCAUGUCGAUAAAAAAAGAGUGUAUUUGGCUACUGAUGACCCUUCAUUGUUGCAAGAGGCAAAAUCCAAGUAUCCAAAUUAUGAAUUUAUCAGUGAUAACUCCAUAUCCUGGUCAGCAGGACUCCAUAACCGAUACACUGAAAAUUCCCUAAGAGGUGUCAUUCUGGAUAUUCACUUUUUGUCUCAGGCAGACUUCCUGGUCUGUACAUUUUCAUCCCAGGUUUGUCGAGUUGCCUAUGAAAUUAUGCAGACGUUGCAUCCAGAUGCUUCGGCGUAUUUCCAUUCUUUGGAUGAUAUCUACUACUUUGGGGGACAGAAUGCUCACAACCAGAUUGCUAUUUAUGCUCAUCAUCCACGAACUGCUGAUGAAAUUCCUAUGGAACCUGGAGAUAUAAUUGGAGUAGCUGGAAACCACUGGGAUGGUUAUUCAAAAGGCAUCAACAGGAAAUUAGGAAGAACAGGCCUGUACCCAUCCUAUAAAGUUAAGGAAAAAAUUGAGACAGUCAAGUAUCCUACAUACCCAGAGGCUGACAAGUAGAUUAAAAGGACGACAUUCAGCAG